GCGUCGGCGGUGGCCGCCAUCGGGCAGAGGAUGUCAUGUGUUGCAGGAGGCACCACAAAGGCGCUGAAAGGGAGCACGAUGAUUGGUAGAAGGGGUCACCCCUUGUCCUCCACAUUAGCAUCAAGCGAUACGCCGGGCGUCCCGACAACGCUCAUGCCGGGAGUCUAGUUUGCAAACCGCUUCAGACGGCUGCGGGAAGGCGGCUGCUCAGCCGGCGAUGCGCGAGUAUAAAGACUGCCAGAUUGUGUGCGGUAAGAACAGCAGAGUACCGCAGCACUUGACAUGAAGAACAUCUUCGCUUCUUUCCUCAUCGUCGCAGUCAGCAUAGGCUGCACGGUCGCCGUACCGCAGCCUUUCUUUGUCAACACACCCUCCAGCGUCACUGAAUGUGUUCCCACCACGAUUGAGUGGGCUGGUGGCGAUACUGACUUCACGCUGGCUGUUAUCGCCAACGGCGACGAGUUUGCGGCGUUCAGCAACAUCAAUAGCGACAGCUUCACCUGGGCUACUAAUGUUCCUAGCGGUACUGUUGUCGGGUUCACUGUUACCGACGACGCGGGCGAUCAAGUGGAAACCGCCCUAGUUACUGUUCAGCCUGGCUCCAACGCUUGUAUUUGAGAUGAACCUGUGUACUGUGCUCCUGCAGACAGAGCUUUGGGACAGAUCUCUCGGGGAUCUCUUGUAGGGGUGCCAGACCUCAGUCGAGAUACAAUGUCUUGUACGAUAGCGUGCCAUGAUGCGUCAGCGUGUGACUUACUGGGAUUGAAUCAGC